AUGAGCUCCGGAAUUCACCGAAAACGCCUUGCAUGUGUCGAGUGCACUCGUCGCAAAGUAAAGUGUGACAAAAUACUACCAUGUCGCAACUGUGCCAGGAAGGGGGCAACCUGCACUCGGCCGCGCGAGCGGAACUCUCCGAGCCCACAUGCUGCUCAACCCGAGCGUUAUGUGGAGUCGCGAUCUAUAGUACCGCCGAGCAAAGAUACAACGCUUAUUGAACUUCGCUCAAGAAUUACUGAGCUAGAGAUCGCUCUGAAAGAGUCAAAUCAAACUUUAUCCCGCCUGUCUUUGCCCAGACCGGAGCCUUCUAUCACUGCCAGCCCUUUCUCUCCAAUUGAAUCUCUGUCAACACAGCAAUCGCCGUUUUCUAUCCCCUCUUCGCCGCAGACAAAUUUGGAUAGCAGGAAUACACCUAGAGAAGUGGAAGAUGCCGCAACUAUCUUGGAGUUCCUUGCAUGGGGCCGUCGCAAGGACCCUACUUACCAGGAUCAAAUUACAAGAGAGAGCAAUAUCGACCAUUCGCCGGGAGAUAUAUCCAUUGAGGACGAUUGGGAAGAUGGCUUGAAAACCGAAGUAUCCAUUAUCUCACUAUGUGAGGCAUUGCUUCCUAGCAAAGAAAAAGUUUAUCAACUAGUUCAGUACCACUGCGAUUGCCUGCUUUGGUAUCACGGAUCAUUCCAUGCACAGACACUAUUAUCUCAACUCGACAGAUUUUAUGAAAAGCAAGAAGAGGGUUGCAUAGAAGAAGCAGAUGCAAGCCUACAAUGGAUUGCUCUUCUUUUCGCGAUUCUUACAGGUUCAAUGGCUACCGCACCUAGAUCUGUUUCUCAAUCCUGGGGAUUUCGCGACCGUGAAAGAAAAGUAUUGUCUAGACGCUGGAUGAAGGCUACACUCACUUGCUUACAUCAAGCGGACUAUAUGGCCCGUCACUCUAUCUUUUCUGUUCAGACUAUUGCGACACUUACGAUUUCGGUUCAUAUGCUGGGGCAUUCAAAUGGAUUUUCAGUGCUUCUCGCUUCAGCCGUUCGAAUCGCACAAGGUCUCGGUUUACACCAGUUGGAGGAUAAAAACCAACUCUCGCCUUCCAAUAUCGUAACCAGAGAAAUUGGCCGGCGCGUCUGGUGUCAGCUUUGUAUCCAAGACUGGUUUUCUAUUCCUUUCACCGAAAGUUACUUAGUCCACAGGCUGAGUUUCAGUACACCGAAACCAUUAAAUUGUGACGACGAUUUACAGCAUCUGUCAAAUGACCAGCCUUCCGUGACAAGCUACUCACGUCUUUUUUAUGAUAUUGCUGCUCUUAUGCCUGGUCUUCAAGAUGAUUCCGUCACCUGUCAUACUCUAUAUACGAAGUAUGAGGAGGUAAUAAAAUACGACCGUCUUUUGCGCAGUUUGAUUAAUCAACGCUUACCUCGGUACUUACAAAAUGUUCCCUUGGAUCCGUCUUGGCCGGAAUAUGUGCUCUGGGCUCGAAGAUGCUUGGCCAUUAGCUCAUCUCACAAAAUUAUCAUGAUCCACAGAAAGUUUUUGGGCCUCAGCUUUACAAACCCAAUGUUUGAAUUCACUCGAAAGACGUGUGUAGCUGCAUCAAGAACCAUAAUUAAGGAACAGAAGGAAGCCACUCGUGAUGGUGGACCUGUACUAUGGAUCCACCAAGCAUUCAGCGUUACAGCAAGUAUUAUAUUAUGCUUGGAUAUGUUUCAUCAAUCAGGCGCAGAUCGCCAAUCCUCUGAACACCGAGAGCUAAUCGAAGACGGCAUUGAAAUUCUAUCGCAUUGCGAAUUGGAUAUGAUUGCACAACGCGGCGUAUCUUUACUUCGCGCGAUGCUUGGAUCCGAAAAUAUUAGCAACAGACAAUCCCUCUCAAGCCGCAUGCCUCAUCCUUCGAUACUUUCCGCUGGUCCAUUGCGUAGAAAUGGCCUUGACCUUGCCGAUAUCAUCUGCACAUUCUACAAAGAUGACCAUGCCAGUUUGCCUCGUCGAUCAAAUUCAGUGCUACGCGCAUCAUCCAAUAUUAGGCCGGCGGAGAAUAGUCACUGGUCUGAACUUGUAAAUUUUGGACAUGGGGGUAUGCCAGGCGCUGACAUCGUGGGUUCAUUUGGAGUGGACUGUGUUGAGGGUUUGGAUGAGAUUUUGAAUCUUGCAACAAAUUACCUCAAUUGA